UUAAAGGAAACUAGUGGCGCCAACAAAAAUAGGUAUGGUAGACUCCAUCCCUUUUCCUUAACGGUAAAGCUCAUAGAGCUUGCAAGGUAUAGGCAUGUUUGGCUCCAUGUUGCUCUCAUGCUUCUUCAUUUCCGUACUAAUUUAAUAAAAACGUGAGCUUUCUGUUCAGCUCCUGCUGUGGUUUCCUCUUCAUUCUUCAAGUUGGGUUAUGAGAGUCCCUUUCCGGAUUUUGCUUACAAGCUUUGGCCUUCAACCUCUUCUCACUCUCCACCAAAUCAAUAGAAGCAGUACCCUUUCUUAACAAACUGACAAAUAAGCUUGUUCCUAUAUAAAGCCCAUUCAUGGCUGACUCCGGUGUCUCUCCUCUGCUCCAUACACAAAACCCAGACCAGGAACUUAAAAUGGCAAAGCCCAACAGUUUCUUCUGGAGUACUUUCUUUCUUUUCUGUUUUGUGGGGUUCGUAUGUGUUCCAGCAGAAGCUGCUGUGAAGCAAUACCAGUUUGACAUUCAAGUGAAGAAUGUUAGCAGGUUGUGCCAUGCCAAGCCCAUUGUGACAGUGAAUGGGAUGUUCCCAGGACCUACAAUUUAUGUCAGAGAAGGAGACAGAGUUCUUGUUAAUGUCACCAACAACGCACAAUAUAACAUGUCCAUUCAUUGGCAUGGAUUGAAGCAAUUUCGUAAUGGGUGGGCGGAUGGGCCUGCUUAUAUAACACAGUGUCCGGUCCAGGUGGGGAGCAGUUACACAUAUGAUUUCAACGUAACAGGGCAAAGAGGAACAUUGUGGUGGCAUGCACAUAUCUUUUGGCUAAGGGCCACAGUCUAUGGUGCUAUUGUUAUCAUGCCCAAACAAGGGACACCAUUUCCUUUCCCUCAACCUACAAUGGAAACUAAUAUAAUCUUAGGAGAAUGGUGGAAUGCUGAUGUUGAAAAGCUAGUUAAACAAGGGAACAAGCUGGGUUUGCCACCACAAACAUCAGAUGCACAUACAAUUAAUGGAAAGCCAGGGCCACUUUUCUCGUGUUCUGAGAAACACACAUUUGCCAUGGAGGUUGAGCAGGGAAAGACUUACCUUUUGAGAAUCAUCAAUGCUGCACUCAACGACGAGCUUUUCUUUGCCAUUGCUGGCCACAACAUGACAGUGGUAGAGAUUGAUGCGGUCUACACCAAGCCCUUUACAACAAAUGCACUGCUAAUUGCACCUGGCCAGACCACGAAUGUUCUUGUUCAAGCCAACCAAGCCCCUGGGCGGUACUUCAUGGCUGCUAGGCCUUUCAUGGAUGCACCUGUCACCGUAGACAACAAAACUGCCACAGCCAUUCUCCAAUACAAAGGCAUUCCAAACACACAAGUCCCAGUUCUUCCCCAGCUGCCAGCACCCAAUAAUACAGCCUUCACCUUGAGCUACAAUGCCAAGCUUCGAAGCUUAAACUCUCCAGGGUUCCCAGCCAAUGUGCCUCUCACUGUCGACCGGCAUUUGUUCUACACAAUUGGAUUGGGAGUAAACCCAUGCCCAACUUGCCAAAAUGGAACAAAACUCACCGCUUCCUUGAAUAAUAUUACUUUUGUGAUGCCCAAAACAGGGCUUCUCCAAGCACAUUACUUCAACCUCAAGGGGGUAUUUAGAACAGACUUCCCAGACCAGCCUCCAAAGCCCUUCAAUUACACCGGUGCUCCACUCAACGCCAACCUUGGCACUUCUGUGGGCACCAGGCUUAGUAAGAUUGCUUUUAACUCAACAGUAGAGCUGGUUUUGCAAGACACCAAUCUUCUCACUGUUGAGUCCCAUCCAUUCCAUCUCCAUGGCUACAAUUUCUUUGUUGUUGGGAUUGGAAUUGGGAAUUUUGAUCGUGCAAAAGACCAGGCAAAGUUCAACUUGGUGGAUCCUCCCGAAAGAAACACAGUUGGAGUUCCCACCAGUGGUUGGGUGGCUAUAAGGUUCAGAGCUGACAAUCCAGGUGUGUGGUUCAUGCACUGUCACUUGGAGCUCCAUACUAGCUGGGGGUUGAAGAUGGCUUUCGUGGUGGAGAAUGGAGAAGGCCCAGAUCAGUCCAUUUUGCCUCCACCUAAAGAUCUUCCUCCUUGCUAGCACAAUUUGUAAAUUGAAUAAACAGAACCCAUAAACGGGAUUUGGUUAGGUGAUUGCUAACUCUGGCUGAGGACAAAAAUGACUAGUAAGAACUUCUUGCAAAAUGCAGGAUAUAAAGGGAGGAUGAAAACUAUUUAAUAUAGGGAAAGGAGGAAUUGUAUCAUCUUCUUUCAAGAGUGAUUUGAAUUCUUUUUCAUUGAAUAAAAUUCUUGGCCCAUAGAGGUCCCAUAUUUUUAUUAA